GCUUUCAUUUAGGCUAUAUAUAUUUCUUAAAUAGGUUAAAGUCAUAGAGAUAUUUUUUUUCUAAACUUUUCAUAGUGGGAAUAGCAUUUCGCCCUGGAGCGGUGCGCAAUGCUUUCUCACGCCGACCUCCUGGAUGCUCGCCUCGGUGAGUUAUCAUCACCAAACUCCGGUCUUCAACUCUACUGGAUGAAGGAUGCAGCGGCGGAGCUGCUGGGCCACAGAGAGGCUCUGAAGUGCAGGCUCGGCGGUGGCGGUGGCGGCGGAGGAGGAGGACCUGACCCGGGACACUCCGCAGAGCUCGGCCCGGGUCCGGACGGCGUGGAGGGCACCACGAUGCUCCCCGGUGAUGACAUCAGCAGCGGCGGAGGAUCCAACAACCCGGUGCAGGCGAACAGCAAAGAUCAGGAGAAGCAGCAGCAGCAACAGCAACAAAAUAACAAUAACAACAACAACCCGAACCAGUCUGGAGGACAACAAGCGCAGAAACAGAAGCGGCACCGAACCCGCUUCACGCCCGCGCAGCUCAACGAGCUGGAGAGGAGCUUCGCCAAGACGCACUAUCCUGACAUCUUCAUGCGGGAGGAGCUGGCGCUGAGGAUCGGACUCACAGAGUCCAGAGUCCAGGUCUGGUUCCAGAACCGUCGCGCCAAAUGGAAGAAGCGCAAGAAGACCACCAAUGUGUUCCGCUCGCCGGGGACGCUGCUGCCGACGCACCACGGUCUGCCCCAGUUCCAGUCCGCCGCGGCGGCAGCGGCGGCCAUGGGCGACAGCCUCUGCUCUUUCCACGCCAACGACACCCGCUGGGCCACGGCGGGGAUGCCCGGCGUGUCUCAGCUGCAGCUGCCGCCGUCGCUGGGCCGCCAGCAGGCCAUGGCACAGUCUCUGUCCCAGUGCAGCCUCGGCGCGGGGCCUCCGCCGAACUCCAUGGGUCUGUCCAACAUGUCGUCCAACGGCUCCGGGCUGCAGUCCCACCUCUACCAGCCCACUUUCCCCGGGAUGGUUCAGGCCUCCUUAUCCGGCCCUUCCAACGUGACCGGCUCGCCUCAGCUGUGUAGCUCCCCGGACAGUGACAUGUGGAGAGGGACAAGCAUCGCGUCGCUGCGCCGCAAAGCGCUGGAGCACACAGUUUCCAUGAGUUUCACCUAGUGCGAAGAAGAGCAGAAGAGAUUUUUUUUCCCUUGUUUGUUGUUGUUUUUCCUCCUUCUGCAUUCGCUCCUUCUUACCUUGUCCAUCCGCCGGGAAAACUACACCCAGGAUACCUGUCCUCAUGAGCGCGCAGCGGCGCACCUGGCGCUACUUUUUCUCCCACAUCAAAGACACAAAGAGGGGAAAACUGAAGCUUGAGGGCUGCUUCUGCUAUGAGCUAUAAUUUAUAAUUUCGCAUGUAUAUGACGACUAUUUAUUUGUCCAUUUAAAUGAAUUCCUCGCCUUUGCUAUUUAUUUAUUAUUUUUUAUGUAUUUAUUUAUUUAUUUGGCCCUCGCUGUUGCUGUUGCAGGGCAGACUUUUUUGCUUAUUGGCGACUCGACGACUUAUGAAGACAAAAAAAAUGUCUUGUGGAUAUACUUUGAAACACAAAACUAUAUAGGUGACACCUUUUUUGUUUUUCUUUAUUUCUCAAACCUGCUGCACAGCAUGCAACUGUGAAGGGGCCAAAAAGACACAAAAGACACCUACGUUUAAAGAAAAAGAAAGAAAAGAAAAGAAUGAGCACAUGAGAGAUUCACCAGGAGAGAAGGGAAGAUGGAGGAGCCUGAAAGUGGGACUUGACUGCAUGUGCUGUCCAGGGGAGAAAAAAAUAAACGAUUAAAUAAAAAAAAAUAAUAAGGGAAAUUCUACAAACUAAGACAUGGAAACUGACUCUAACUAUAAUCUGUUAUAUAGGAUGUUUUGUGUAGGGGAAGCACUCUUGUUCCCAUUUGGUCAGUUUGUGAUACAUUCUGUUCCCAGGAUUAUGUCUGUGCUUAUUAUGAUUAUCAAAUAUGACUUUUCUUAAAUGUUUGAGCCAUUUUCUCUUUUUUUUGUUCCUUACAUGGACAUGUUUAUAUCAAUUAAGUGUAAAUGGUCAAAUAAAAAUCAUUUUCAAUUAUG